AUUUUCGUCGCCAUUUUAUUUUUUGUCGCGCUGGAAAAGCGGCCAUUUUCUUUGUGCCGCGUCGCUUACGACGAGUCGUAUGUGGUCCCUAAAGUUAAAUUAGUUAAGUUGGGGCGUGAUCUCAUCUUAUGAAGUGAUUCGGGCUACGGGCGCGGCGUGGCGAGACGGCAUCAUGGAUGACGACCAACAAUUCUGCUUGCGAUGGAACAACCACCAGUCGACGCUGGUGUCGGUGUUCGACACUCUGCUGGAGAAGGGUAUGCACGUCGACUGCACCCUGGCGGCCGAGGGCCAGACGCUGAAGGCACACAAAGUGGUCCUGUCCGCCUGCAGUCCGUAUUUCGAGAGUGUACUAUCACAACAAUUUGAUAAGCAUCCAAUAAUAAUCCUAAAAGACGUAAAGUAUGCGGAAUUGAGAGCCAUGAUGGACUACAUGUACCGCGGUGAAGUGAACAUAUCGCAGGACCAGCUGGCCGCUCUGUUGAAGGCAGCUGAGUCGCUGCAGAUCAAGGGACUCUCGGACAACAAGCCGUCCCGGCCCCCGUCGCGCCCGCCGCAGCCCGCUGCACACCCGCCUCGCGUCGCCUCGCCCCCGCCACAGGCCCGAGAUGGUAGCAUAGACAGUCGCGAAGGUUCAAUAAGCCCCACACGCCGUAGAAAGAAAGCUCGUCGUAUGUCGAGUGAGGGACCGCCAGUCCCUAUACAGGCCCCGGUCAUAGAGCCUCCACAAGGCAACGGAGACGAAGCACCUUGCAAAGAGGAAGUCCCGAGGGACGGUGUAGAGGAUCUCACAUUAGAUGAGGAGGCUGAGGAGCCCCCGGCUGUGGGGCACAAUGACGUCGUACGCAAUUUCCAAUGGCACAUGGAACGAUCUCAAGAUGAAAUAAUGAACUCAAAUGACAGCGCGCGAGAGUCGCAAGAGUUACACAAGGAAUCCCACCUCCCGUCGGCGCUGCUGUCGCUGCUGUCGGCGCAGCGCGCGCAGUCGCAGCAGCUGGCGGCGCUCGUGCCGCCCUGCAUCCAGGUCACCAACCUGCGGCCCAAGCUGCCGCUCGCGCUGCCCGAGGACCUCAAGGCGCACCUGCUGCAGCAGGCCUUGUUCAACAACAACGCCGCGCCGCCCGCGCGCGACUACAAGAGCCCCAAGCCCGACGACGCCGACUCCGACGAGUACGACGACACCGACGACAUCGUGCUGCCCGAGGAGACCGACGCCUUCUACGACUCCGGCUCCUACCAGGGCGCCCCGGUCGGCGUGACGAACGAGUCGUUCGACUCCGGCGCCGACUCGAAGUCGCCGUACGGAAAGAGAGACGGCAGCGUCUCGGACGACUCGAGUCGCCAGUUCGAGUGCCGGCACUGCGGCAAGAAGUACCGCUGGAAGUCGACGCUGCGCCGGCACGAGAACGUGGAGUGCGGCGGCAAGGCGCCCUCCCACCAAUGCCCGUACUGCUCGUACAAGGCCAAGCAGCGCGGCAACCUCGGCGUGCACAUCCGCAAGCACCACAACAACGAGUGGUUCAUGUACGCCAGCAACAAAGUCAGGCGAAACAAAAAGACAUCCAUCUAGAUUUACGUUUGAAAAAGUUAGACCAAAGUAGAUACCCAACCAAAUCGGUUCUGCAAUAAUUUUAUUUAUAUUUACUAUUUUAUUUUGUUGAAGACGUUUUAAUAUACACUGAAAUGUAGUUGUAAUGUGCACAUUCCCUAAUGGCGCUAGCGCUAAUUUUGUUGAUUUUUGUUUUAGAGUUUAUUGUCGUAGUUAAGACUGACCCUGAGUAUUUUAUUCAAAAGAAUAUGACCUAAGGUCGAUAUAUUGAAGAAUGUAGACAAUAAUACGAAUGGAUAAAUUGAAUAUAAUUAGGAAAAUUGGCUAUCAGUCCCACUUUUCAAAAGCACUGCAAAAGUGAAUGCUGGGUUUGAUUCUUAGCUAUGGAUCAUUCUCGGGACUGACUUUUCUAGUGAUUGCGAUCAUGAUGGGCCAAUUCGACUGUAUUGUCGUCGAAUUGUUAUUAAGUCCGGAAAUAUUAUGCAAUAAGUGUUUGUAUACCAAAAUAUAUUAUUUUAUGUUAUUGAUAUUAUAUAAUUUAGAGUCGAUACUAUCUCGAAUUUGUUUAGAAUUAAUAACUUAUCAUUCCUCAAAAGGAUUUUAUUCCAAAUUCGUUAUAUUUAGUGCAAUGAUAUUAGAAACUAUAAAAAUAGUUGAUAUUUUCCUGUACCAUAAAUGAAUAGGCCUGUUAAAACAGGCCGUCUGUUAUUUUAUCUUAACUGUCACGGGUAGAAAAAAUUCAUUAUCUUUAGGUGUUUGUUCUGACAGUAACUUGUUUAGUUUUAUGAUUAUGUUAUUGGUUAAGUUAUUGUUCAUUUCCAUAAUUUAUUCACAAUUCUUGUUUUCUUCAAUUUAUUUGUUAGCACGAAGGGACCAUUCCUUGUCUUCCUGACUUUUUGUAGCAAAUCCAAAGUUAUAUUUUCGAGUUGUUUAUUAAUUAGGUUAAUAUUAGAGGGAACUUUGUGGUUCCGCACGUCAUGCCUCAAUUCUACGCGCAUUCGCAACUAAUUUAGCCGUAUUUUUCUGGCGACUUUCAAGCAUUAUCUCUAAGCAAGAAAAUGGCGCAAGCAGAUUGUUCCCUAUUGAACCUCGAAGGUCCAAAUUUACUUGCGCUCUUUAUCAAGAAGAAGCAAUGUUUGGGAGUCGACUAAAAAUACGGGGUAAAUACUGCAAUGCAGCAUAGAGUCGCGGCUAUGAUUAGUAAAAUAAAGCUCAUUCAUUAUGUGCCUACAAUGUUACCUGUAGAUGUAUUUAUUACGCGUUAGAGAUAUUUUCAUGUUGUUUGGUUGGUAUUUCGAUAAGCUGGGAUAAAAAUGUGUUCAAAAUUUUCAAAGAAAAUAUCUCGAUAUUAACUGAUAAUUAAUUAAUAGCAAUAUUCCAAGUUUCAAUUAGCGUAUUGACACUGUUGAUAUUUUUUGUUAACCUAGGUUUACAAAGCUAUU